AAUCAAAUGAAAUUGAUAAUUCUAUGCUUAAUGAUGGUUGGAGUUUUCUCGGCUUUAUCAAAUUAAGUUAUUACACAUAAAGUGAAAAUAGGAGUGACAAUUGAUGGGUAGAAUGCCGGUGAAAUCUAAUUAGGCCUCUUUGGGGAGGUUGUACCAAAAACAGUUGAGAACUUUAGAGCUUUGUGCACAGGAGAAAGAGGUAUAGGUUAUGCUGGAUCUCCAUUCCAUAGAAUAAUUCCAAAUUUUAUGAUUUAAGGAGGGGAUUUUGUAAGUGGAAAUGGAUAUGGAGGAGCUUCAAUUUAUGGGAGCUCAUUUGAUGAUGAAAAUUUCAAAUUGGAACAUGAAAUUGGUUGUAUUUCAAUGGCAAAUGCAGGACCAAAUACCAACGGCAGUCAAUUCUUUAUUACUACAGCAGAAACUCAUUGGGUAAUUGAUUAAUUAUUAUAUUCUCAAAGUUGGAUGGAAAACAUGUCGUUUUUGGGCGGGUUAUCGAGAAUAUGGAUUUGGUAAAGACAAUUGAGUCUAAAGGAUCACAAAGUGGGAAACCAUAAGCCAAUGUAGUUUUUGCUUCUUGUAGUGCUGAAACUGUAUCAAAACAAUCAUGAUCUGGAAUAAUAUUAUUAUAUAUGUAUUUC